GAGUGUUACUAUUGCUUUGUAAACCUCCCCUGUAUAAAUAGUUUACAAAAAUAGGAUCAACUCUGUUGCAACUCUCCACAAUUCUCUCAGCUCUGCUCUGACUAAACUCAACAGUCUAGACAUUCUUGUCUUUCCCUUCCCGUCUCCUCCCUCCUCUUCCACUCCACCUCUCUUUCCUUCUAUCAUCUUUAGUCAGUUCAUCUCUUAUUUUUCUCCUUUCAGUCCUCUUUAGUAACCCUUUUCCUCUGCUGCUGUCAUGUUCUGGAGGUUUGCAGCUCUGUCUCUCAUUUUUCUCCUCCUCCUCGUUCAAGGUCGGAACCUCAACUUGACUGACGUUCAGUACUUUUCCUCUCCAUGGGAAUUUGGCUUUCCAGAGAUUGAUGGCUCACCCGUGAACACGUGUGGGAUCCCUUCUGCCUCCACCCUCGACAUCACCACUACCACUACAGUAUCCACUACAACCACAACUAAAACAACACCCGUCACCAGGAAGGUGGUGACCACGAUCAAAAAGCCAACCAUCCAAUCAUCACCAAGAAAAGCUCAAACUAGAAAAAAUGUGACACCAAUCAGGCCGAUGCCUGCACCUUCAGCACCAAUCACUAACAGACACUCCAACCCUUCCCUCAACCUUCUCUAUCAGCUCCUGACCAACAGCAGGCGCCACCAGGGUGGCUCUACACUACGAUUCAGAAAUCUGAGCUCUCAGCCAAUGGGAGGGCGGCCUCAUCGAGGUCAAAGGGCUGAGAGAAAAAGAUGGAAAAUGGGUUCGUCUUCUUCAGAGGACUCGAGUGACUAGUCUUUAAAUUAUAUCACAUCUUCCUUUUGUUUUUGGGUACAACGUUUUUGUUAAAAUCCAAGUCAUGGAACGAUUCUACAAUUUCAGUCACAAUUUUAUAAUGGGUUGACAUGCAUGUUGGAAAAAAACUGUUGCAUUGUCAUUAUAGAUGUUGUAUAUUUCUAAAAUGUGUAUUUAUUGGAAUGUAACUAUUUAUUUUCUGCUGAUGUACCAAACACCAUGACCAAUCUUAAUUUUUGCCAAUAUUUUUAUUUCCAUGAUGUCCAGUUUAAAAUUUCAGUAUAGAAUAGUUUAACAAAUAUACCAAAAAAGUAUUCACAUAUCAAACAUCCUGUUCGUCUGAAUAAGAAGUGCUUAGUUGUUGUUACAUAAAACUUUUAAUCAACUGUUAAUAAAAUGCUUUAUCACUCAUAAAUUUCAUAAGCUUUAAAUUCUAUCACCAUAUGUAUAAAAUGCAGCCUCACCCAAAUAAUAUGAGCAUUUAAAAUUUGCCAGAUAUGUCAUCCAUGAUGGAGGUGGUCCUUAGAUCCUUGUGGAGCAUGUCUUGUAUUUCAUAGCU